AGACAUUUUGCAGCAAAUUUGCCGGACGCCGAUCACAUUGAGUCGUGGAUCAACGUUUCUCUGCGCGAGGUGGAUGGACCUCUCCGACUACCUCAUCGCUAUAUUGAGAUCUCCUACAUGGAUUGUUCCCAUCUCCAAGUUCAUAGACGAUCAUUGUGCGAUAUUUGAGGACGUAGAGGAGAACAAACUCGAGUACACAUCGGUGCACAACCGCUUCAAAGAGCUGAUCGACAGCCUCCUGGCCGCGCACCUCUGCGAGCUCCAGAUCACGGAGGAGCAGUUUGCCGAGUUCUGCCACGUUGGCCUGACCGGGGAC